AUUUGUUCGGUGUCUCGUUCGUGGUUCCUUGUUCGUGGUUCUCUGUGCGUUCGCGGUGUCUGUCGGUCUUGUCCGUGGUCUUGCUUUGCUUGUGGUAUUGCCUUGCCCGUGGUGCGACGUGCUCCGUCACACACUGUGGGCCCCGGCUCUCCUGAGUCCUCGCGGUAGCUUGUUCGCCGCACUACUCGUCAGGCCUAUUCUUUCCACCGUGCUCUACUUACCCCACCCACCUUGCCUUCUCAUCCCUCUCCAUGCUCUAACGGUCCUUCCGGGGACAUCGUGACGUGGGUGCAGCGCGGGAAAGAACAAGAGGGCAAAGUGCACUCGGUCACCCUGAAGAAUGGCCUGGUGCACAAUGUCCUCGUCGAAUACGUCGGACGCAAUGGGAAAGCCACGACUACCACGAAGCCGGCCAGUAGCUUCGUCCUGAAAACUAGUAUGAAGCCAGCCAUCUCCAUCGAGGAAGCCAAGGACACAAGCACAGGUGGCACCGCAGAAGUGCUGGAGACACAAGCCAAGGAAACAAGCACAGGGGCGCAGGAGGAUGAGUCCCUCCAGAUGGAGGGACUCUUGUUGGAUCAGAUACUGGGAACCUACGACGCAUCGCAAGACGCAGCAAAAACAGGAGACACGGUGGACCAAGCGCCAGUCAUGAGCUGCAGCAUCAAACCCGAGGAGGGGAAGCAAGGAGGUGGAGAGGCUAAGGCCGUAAAAGAGGCACCGGAGACAGAAGAGGGGCAAGGAGGUGGAGAGGAUACGGCCGCAAAGGAGGCACGAGACAAAAAGAACGCAAGGAAGCGAGCGCGUGAGGAGGCGAAGAAAGUGGAGAAGCAAAAUGCGCCAAAAAAGGCGAAGAAGUAGAAGGCUUGGACUUCAAUAGAAUACCUUCAACAUAUAGAUAUAGACUUACUUCGAAGUUGCGUAGUCUCAUAGUCAUACGACGUUCAAACGUGUUCGAAUUUUAUUCAUCUGCUGUGAUGAUUUGAGAAAGUAUUAUCAUAUACAUACUUAUUGACUUGGGGAUCGUGCUUGUGUUUAGAUGUGCUGGACUGUCAUGGGCUUGCCCCGAUGACUCGAGUAAACACCGACGGAGCAAGUCCUUACCCCUAGCAUAAUAAUCAAGAGCGCCACCAAAUCCGUCUGCAGAGUAAAUUGCUUAACCAGAUUGACAGUCAUAAGAUGGACCUGCAACCAUGAAACCCCCUACCAUGUGCACCAUAAUAGCCCGCAACGUCGACGAUAUUCGUAGCAGUAUGAAACGAUAGACCCUCCAUAUUAUUGAUCAGGACACUCCCACUCCAUUGAUGUCCCUCAAGUUCUGAAACACAUCUUAACCCGGUAAGUAUGAUUUGUCAUUAGAUGCUUUGGCUUGCUGUCUCCAACCUUACCCCCAGGAGUAAUCCUGUAUCUAUGAGUCUCCGACCCCUUGAGCAUUUGGCUGAGUAUUUUAAUGGAUUGCAUUUUAAUGGAUUUGACUACAUCGACAAUCACAUCAAUGAAGUACUUCACAAGACCGGCCACGCACGUAAGAGACGGAGGCAUGCCCAUGGUGUCCCCACUACGAACGUCUGAGCUUUACCCCCAUGCCCCUAGAACGAAGCGUAUCUCAUAGACUGAAGAUCGAGCUGCAUGCGACAAGUGCUGUGUUUGAAAGUUUUAGGCCGUAGGGCCGGCGGCGGCUGCCUUUGGAGGUGGAGCCGGGACCCUGGUCGCCAU